CUGGAAGUAGUUCCGCUUUGAUAACUUAUUUUUCUUCCUCGCGUAUGUAUACAAACGUUUGAACUUUAAGCAACUGAUAUUCCUUGUUGCUGACAGAUGGUAGGUUUCUCAAAGAAAUAUCAAGGUAAGCCAUGAAAGGAAGAGAUCACAAUCGAAAGAAGUCGACGAAUGGCGCUAAAACAAGGAUCCCAUAUGAAGACCUAAGAAGGAACUGGAAAGAUGAAAGCCGUGAGUUUGUAGCUGUUCCUGCAAACGCCAUGGGUUUUGUAAUCGGCAAGAAAGGAAAUACAAUUAAAGAUAUUCAAGAGAAGACAGGUACAAGGAUCUCCCAGACUGAUAACAAGGCCACUCAGAGCGGAUUUCAUGUUUGGGGUAAUGAAGGUCAACGAGCACAAGCCAGAGAACUGAUCAAUCAAAAAGUGGUACGUGAUGGGUAAGAAACGUUAAUGAAAUAUAUUGUGGUAAAUUAGUGAGCAGAGUUUAUAGUUAAUGCCAUUUUAGUUCAUUCUUCAGUGUUGUGUUCUACGAAUAUUACAGAUCUUCUAAAUCAUGCACAUUCAAGAUGAUUGGAUACUUUGAAUUCAAAAGUAGUUGUUUUUACGACGACCAAUCAAUCAAUCAGUCAGUCAGUCGUUCGGUCCGUCGUUCGUCUGGUCAAUCAGUCAGUCAAGCAGUCAGUUUAUCUGUCCAUCUGUUUGUGUGGCUGUCGGUUGUUCAUCAGUCAGCUAGACUAAUUGCAUGGCUAUCAGUUCGUCUUUUAGUUAGUCCUGCAGUACGUCGGUCUGUUAGUCAGUCGGCUGGUCGGUCAGACAGUCAGUCUAUUUGUCUGUCGACGUGUGUCUCUCUGACAGUAAAAUAUCUUUUGCUCACACUGAACUCAAUUUGCUGCAUGUUUGUCUGUCUGCCGUCUGUCCGUCUAUCUGUCUCGUCAGAAAGUCUCGCAGUAAAAAAAAACUGGAUCAUUGAAUAAUGCAAUUCAUGAGAGUUUUCAUUGGCUUAGCUAUCAUGGUAG